AUGGUGAACUCCGUUGUCUGGACGGCAGAAGAAGCGAAGUACCUCAAGGCCCUGCUGCGUUGGCAGGAUGCUGCGCCGCCUCGUCACCCUGAAGACGACAGACGACCACGGACGGCUGCAGCAGCACCGGUCACGGCAUCCGAGAUGGAGCGAAGGAGGCAAAAGCAGCAACAAUCAGAACAACAACCAGUCGGCGAGUUCCGCGUCCUGGUCGUCGGCGCCAGGGGCACGGGGAAGACGGCAAUCCUAACACGGGUGAGUUCUGACGGGCGCGUCUACGUGGUGGACGCCCUGGAGAUGCCGUCGAAGCACUUGCUGAGCAACCCCAUGCUGGCGCAGGCAGUCGACAUUACCGAGGCGGCCGUGCUGGUCUACGACGUGGGCAACGCGGCGUCGCUCCGGCUGGCCGAGGGCCUCGCCGAGUUUGUGCUCGACCACAUCACGUCGUCCGGGCCCGGGGGGCGGCACUACGGCCUGCUGCUGGUGGGCAACAAGAGCGACCUCGACGACAGCAUAGCCACCAAGACCGCGGCGCCGUGCCCGUUCCUCGAGGUCUCGGCCAAGACGGGCGCCAACGUCGACGCCAUCUUCAAGCUCGUCGCCUACGACAUCCUGCGCCUGCGCCGCCUCAACAUGCUGCGCUACCACGAGCGCGCCGAGCACGACCGCCGCCUGAAGCUGCUCACGCACCAGUCGCAACUGCCGCAGCCGCCGGCGCCGGCCGCGCGGCGCACCGCCAGCAGGGGCGCCGCCAGCACCACGCCGAGCAGGAAGCGCGCCGGUCUGUGGAAAGGGCUGUUUUCGCGCCGCCGGAGCGAGAGCGCUUACUGA